UUUUUAUUUCAAGUGCAUUUAAAUUUUAAAGUGUGCAUACUUCUUUUUAGCUUUCAUGAAAAUAAUAAAGUUUAAAACUUUACCUAUGCUAUAAAUUUAAUCUUAUUCUCUACAGUCGUUUGAAGUUCUUUGCUUCCUGUCAAUCCUCCCGUAACUGGUGAUAUCAAAAUAGGAAUUCGAAUUUAAUACUGUUGUAUCAAAAUGGAUGGAGAUACUAAUUGCCUUCACGUAGGGCAAAAUGUUAACAUCCAACGCACAGAUGGUCGAAUUCAUUCAGCUGUUAUCAGUGGUAUAAACAAAAUCAAUAGAAGUCUGACUGUUGAAUGGUUUGAAAGUGGAGAGACUAAAGGCAAAGAAAUUGAAUUUAAUAUAGUUUAUAGCCUCAAUCCUGAAUUAUUUGCAGAUAAUGGGAAAAAUACUGUUAGUAAUACAAUUAAUUCUGUUAGGAAAGUCAACAGGCACACAGUUUUCACUCCUAAUAAAGAUGCUUUCCGCACUGAUGUUCAGAAGCAUAACAAGAGUAAUUCAGGUUCUUCCUUACCCUUGAGACCAAAGAAAGCUCAGUUAGAGAACACACAGAUGGAAAUCAAAUGUCCUCCACCUCCUACACCGGUUGUUGCUCCUAUAGUUUCUUCAGGAGGGGGGCCGCUUCAACCAAUACAAAAAGGAGUUGUGCCUCCUCAACUUGCGGGACCUCGGCGUUGUUCAAAUGUUGUAAAAGAAGUGGAUAAAAUCAAGAAGCAACGUGAAGAGAGAAGAGCUAGACAAGCUGAGAAGAAAGCUGAACAACAAGGCCUUAUGAAUAAUGAGGGUAAUCCUAACUGGGAAUUCAUGAGCAUGAUCAAAGAGUAUUGCAGUCAAAUAGACUACAAACCUAUUAGUAUAACAGACCCUAUUCAACCUCUCCAAAUUUGUGUUGCUGUGCGUAAAAGGCCUAUGAACAAAAAAGAAGCUGUACGAAAAGAAGUAGAUGUUAUUACUGUUCCCAACAAAGAACAUAUUGUUGUCCAUGAACCAAGGCAUAAAGUAGAUUUAACAAAAUAUUUAGAAAACCAGUUAUUCAGAUUUGAUUAUGCUUUUGAUGAAAAUGCUGAUAAUGAAAUUGUAUAUAGAUUUACUGCUAGGCCCUUAGUUCACACAUUGUUUGAAGGAGGCAUGGCCACAUGCUUUGCUUAUGGUCAAACUGGUAGUGGAAAAACCCAUACAAUGGCCGGUGAUUUUAUUUCAAAAUCAACUCAAGAUUGUAGUAAAGGAAUUUAUGCUUUAGCAACUAGAGAAGUUUUUAAUCUACUUAAUAGUCCACAAUAUAGGCAUGAAGGUUUUACUGUGAAUUGUAGCUUUUUUGAAAUUUAUAGUGGGAAGGUUUUUGAUUUAUUAAAUAAUAAAGCUAAGUUGCGGGUCUUGGAAGAUGGAAAACAGCAAGUACAGAUAGUUGGAUUAAGGGAGAAAGAAGUUCAAACUGUAGAAAGUGUUUUGGAUCUUAUCCAACAUGGCAACAAUGUAAGGACUUCUGGUCAGACAUCUGCCAAUCAGCAUUCUUCAAGAUCUCAUGCAGUUUUCCAAAUCAUAAUUAAAAGGCGGACUGGUAAACUACAUGGAAAAUUCUCCUUAAUUGACCUUGCUGGUAAUGAACGUGGUGCAGACACUUCUAGUGCUAACAGACAGACUAGAAUGGAAGGUGCUGAAAUUAACAAAAGUUUGCUGGCCUUAAAAGAGUGUAUAAGAGCCCUGGGUAGGAAAGGAGCCCAUCUUCCAUUUCGGGCCAGCAAAUUAACUCAAGUUUUGAAAGAUUCCUUUAUUGGAGAAAAUUCCCGCACUUGUAUGAUAGCUAUGAUUUCCCCUGGAAUGAAUUCUUGUGAACAUUCCCUGAACACACUGAGAUAUGCUGAUAGAGUGAAAGAAUUAGGUGCUGAAAACCCAGAGUUGAAGUCCUGUGGUGGUGAAGAACAAAAUGAAAAUGAUCAAAAUAACGAUUUAGCUCUUCUGUGUUCUUCAAAUGAAGGUGAAUUGUCAGCAGAUCUUUACUCCUUUCACGAAGCAAUAUCUCAUGUUCAAGAAAUGGAAGAGGAAGUUCUUGAUUCUCAUAAAGCUAUGAUUGAAGCCUCUGAGAAAUGGUUCCAAAGGGACAAUCUACUUCUUUCUAUGUCAAAUGAUGUUGAUUAUGAUGUUGAUUCUUAUGCACAGCAGCUAGAAACUUUAAUAGCUGAAAAAGUUGAUGUGCUGUCCAAAUUAAGUGAUAAGUUAUCUACUUUCCGUCAGCAACUGGCAGAAGAAGAAAAAAUCAGCAAGACAAUGAAAAAGAAGUGAUAAUAGUUUAGCUCUAAACAUAUAACAAACAUUUAUUGAGAAAAACUCGCUUGGGUGUUCAACCAGUCCUUGCACUCAUAGGUUUGUAGGUUAUAACCUACAUAAGCCUAGUCAACUCUGUGCCUCUCUGUAUAUAAGUAUCCAUGCUUUGACUUUCUAAAAGCAGCCUACUCUACUCUACUUUUCAGUUCUGGAGGAGGAAACUUUACAGUCUUCUCUUGGCUAUUCUGAGAAUAGCACAAAUUGUCCUGUUCUUUGGUUUUAACUUUUUAUUUCCAUGUUAAGAUGUAAAAUUAGGCUCUACUCAACUGUGUACAUAUGCUUGACUGUUAGUGAUAUUUUUGUACUUUAUUUAUAGCAAUAGUUUUGUAUUAUUUAUAAUUUUGAAUGUUUUUGUAAAGAUCUCAGCAUUAAAAGUUGAAAAUGAAACAAACAUUAAGUUUUCCUAAAGAGUUUAUAAAUGUUGGCAAGCCAUGUUGAGUUGCUACAUUUCAUUUAUUGAUUAAAAAAUUUUUGCUUUAAUAAUUUUAACCAUAAUAUAACAUCACACAAUGAAAAGUUUGUAAGCAUGCAAGAUUUGAUACCAAUUUCAAAUAUAAUUAGGGAUAAAUUUUCACAUUCAUCUUAUAAUUUCAUCAAGAAGUUUUCAAUUAGGAAAUGUAAGUAGUUUAAGCAAUAACACAUUAACUGUGAGCAGUCUACAUUUUUGUUCUAGACUGUUCACUUUUAAAUAUUUUAGUGAUUAAGUAUUUGGUUUGGUGGAUGAUAGAAUAACUUAAAAAUCAAAAUCACUCUGUUAAAUCAAAGUAUGUUUUGUUGUACAACAUACUAUGUCUAAUAAAAGUUUAAGUUAUAUUUCUGUUUGAAAUUUUCUCAAAUUAUGGUUUUCAAAAAAGAAAAAGAAAAGUUCAAUUUAUUUUUACUUAUUCAAAUAUAAAAUUAAAUUAUGUAUUGUUCAUGUUUUUUGCUAAUUCGGGUUAAGAAAUUUAAACAAGAAAAUUAGUCUAAUUUAUAGUUAUUUAAAACUCUUAAUUGUUUUCACGUUUUUUGAAAAUUUGAAAUUAAUUGUAGUGUGCAAUGAAUUAUUUUAAUCUUAUGUCAUGAUGUUUGUAUCAUUGUAAGCAAUGCAAAAAA